CAAGUUGCAAAGCCAACGAACUGAUUCGAUUUUGGGAUGGAGGUGCACAUGGAGGAAGGACAUUCGUUAGUACAGGAUUAACUGUCCUAUUUUGCUUCAUAUCAGUGAAAUGUUCCAGCACAUGCAUUUUUUUUAAUGUUUCACACCACUGAACAAUAAGCUGUACAAAAGAAUUAUUAAACACCACAAAUUAUCUUUUCUAGGAUAAACAAUUGUCAGUUGCCUCUAUUCAAGGUAACACACUAUAAUUUAUAUAUGGUUGUAUGGUACUGUAAGUGGCCUGUGAAAGGCUUGAGUGCUAGACUUUUUGAGAAACCCUGGUCAGAUAAAGCUAGGUUAUUUGUCAUACUAAAGCUGAGAAACAUGGCUACUAAUGCAGACAAUAUCAUGGCAGCCGCAAAAGGUUGAACAAAACAAUUACCGGUAUGGCAGUUUAAAGUUGAAGUAAUAGGCAUGACAGUGCACAUGGAGAAGACACAUAUGAUUAUCAAUGAAUUAGUAAUGUUAAUUAACCAAUCAGCAUAUAUUGACCGCUAUGCUAACUCUCAAAUCAUUCUGAUUCAUUUGGUAAGUUGAAUGACUUUCUUUGAAAUCAAAUUCAUUGCUGAUGCAACUAAUCUUUAUACUUUAAAUAGGCCCCUACAUUGUUAAAAAUUAGGCACAAUUUGACUAAACUAAGGUGAUUACUAGUAUGACUUUAGAAAAGGUUUCCAUUCUUAAUUUGAUUGUGUGGAUGUUAGUAACAUCACCUGAAAAUAAAUAGCAAUUAGUUGAUACAAUUCGCUAGUAUGAUCUAAAAGUAAGUUUUCUAUACGAAGACCAAAUUUUCGAGAAAAUCGCAUUUGAAAAUUCAGAUUUUCAUAGACUCUUGUGGAAUAACAAAAAACAUUGAUUAUGCGAUUUAUUCAAAAUGGAAGAUAUUUUAGCUGGAACAUGAGCAAAUGUUUACAGCUUAUCAUUAUCUAAAACAUAUACUUUUGUUUAAUUUGCGCAACCAUACGUGUGUUUGUGGUAUUAUAUGAAAACAAUCAGUUUAUGCUGCACUAAGCCUUAUUUAUCAAUCUCUCCCUCUUCUUCUCCAGAAAAUGAAGUUGAUGUGGAAACCCUUCCCCUUCUAAGUGAAAGUAUAAUCACAUCCUUCAUACCCAAGAUUGGACCUCGAUUGAAGUUUCUCGCUGGGUGGCGUGCAGAGGUAGGCCCUAGAUGUGGCACAAUAUCUCACUAUGGAUAGUUACAGAUGCUUUCAGUGUCUUGAUUUAAUUAGGGGGGAUAUUUCUUGCCUAUUCCAUCAUUUAAAAUACACACAUACAACAACCAGGGGGAAAAAUGUAAGUAUAACAUGCAUGCAAGGGGCAUGUAGACUAACAUUUCGUACAUUAUCGGGAUAUAGAAAACAUCUCAUUUCAAAGCACGCUGCACGGAUAAAGACGUCAAGCACAACUACAAAAGCAGUUCCAGAUCACCAAAGUGAAACCUGUUAUGAAGGAUCUGUUCUAGGAAAGAAUAACAACACUGAAGGGAAUUUGGAACAACUGCACCAGGAAAAGGCAUUGUUUGUUGGAGAAAGCAGUGAGCAGGAAGAUGUCUCUUUUGAAACGCAAACAGAGAGACUACCUGAUAUUGCAGCAAAGUUUGUAGCAGAACUCAGGGCAAGGACUAAUGUGCCUGCUUCACACACCAACAAGGUCAUUCAAACCGCACAAGAUUUGGUUAUUUCUGUGUUACAAACUGUGCAACAGGAUGUGAUGGAUAUCUUAAGUGAGCCACAAUAUGCAGCUAACAGUGAGCUGAGAUCUGAUAUACAAGAUGUAUUCGAGAAUUCAAAGAAUCCAUUUUCAGAGCUCAUGUCAGAUACUCAACAGAAAAAAUAUUUCUCUGAGAAAGGUGAUUUCAUUCAGCCUUGUGAGGUGUUGUUGGGAACUUGCUUAAAACCAAAAAUUGAUCAAAAGACAGGUGAUCCACUGCAAAGCACACAAAAAGAAACCUUUCAAUAUAUACCACUAGCUGACACUAUUAAACAAUACUUAGAGCGACCAGGAGUAAUGAACGCCAUACUGUCUCAAAAAGGAUCAAAAGAUAAUGAUGUUUUGUAUUCAUUCAAAGAUGGUCACUAUUAUAAAAGGCAGGAAGCUACUGCUAGACAAGACUGUGAAUUCUUAGUGCCUCUGUUGUUGUACAAUGAUGAGUUUGAGACAGCCAAUCCGCUUGGGUCAAAACGCGGCAAACACAAGGUAAGUGCCUUUUAUACAAGUGUGUUAUCCCUUCCCAGGAAAUACCAGGCUAGGCUAGAAAAUAUCAUGCUCACAGCUAUGAUCACAUCUCCGCUUUUGAGUAAAUAUGGCAUCUCAGAAGUUUUGAAGGUAAUCAAGGAUGAUCUGCAGCAGAUGUGGACUGAUGGACUCACUAUCAAGUGCAAAGAGUUUGAGGGUAGGGUCAAACCCUACUUAUUCCAAGUUGUAGGGGACAAUCUUGGCAUUCAUGCCAUGCUGGGAUGUACAACCUGUUUCCGUGCCAACUAUUACUGUAGAUUCUGUAGAGGCCAUCGCUCGUUGCUUCAGAAACAGCCAAAAGAGGAUGCCCAAUAUCUCCGUGAUGAAAUAAACUAUGAUACAGAUCUUCAAAAGCCCUUGUCAGAAUCUGGCUUGAAGCAUGCAACAGUUUUGAAUGAAUUGCCUUACUACCAUUCCACCCAAAACUUAUGUCCAGAUGUAAUGCAUGAUUUUACAGAGGGAGUCUUGCCCCUGGAAAUGCACCUUGUUUUGAGUAAACUUGUUCAGAAGGGUUUCAUAACACUGGAUGAGGUGAACAGUAGAAUAUCCUCAUUCAAUUUUGGCUUUGUGGACCGCAAAAACAGACCAAGCCCAAUCAGGCAGGCAUCACUGAAGAAUCCAUAUUCUGCCAGUGGACAGACAUCAGCACAGAUGACGUGCCUUGCAUACAACAUCCCUCUCAUGUUAGGAGACAAGAUUGAUGAGAUGUGUGAUGAGUGGGAACUCUUACUGUCAAUCAUUGACAUCUUCAAAAUCAUUAUGAGUCCCAGUAUCAGUAAGUCUGCCAUCUAUGUCCUGAAGGCAAUGAUUGAUGAUCACCACAGGCUCUUCAUGCAGCUCUUCCCUGAAGCUAGUCUAACUCCGAAGCAGCACUUUCUUGUGCAUUACCCACGUGCACUGAAACACCUUGGGCCACUGACCCAGUAUUCAGCAUUGCGUUUUGAAGCAAUGCACAGACCUUUCAAGCAGAUUGCCAGUGUAUCUUGCAACUACCAAAACAUUGUCAAAACAUUGGCUAACAGAUACCAAAUGGCACGGUGCUACAGGUCAGUAUCAAAUCAGUCACUGGAUAGCCAAGAUAUCAAUGUGUCACAGCAAGCUGCAGCAAUGCUUGGUGAUCUACUUGAUGAUGAGGCACUUUGCAAAAAAAUUAACUGUGGAAGGGGAACCGAAGUUACAGUUGCUGGGAAAGUGGACAUUCAUGGAUAUGAGUUCCGGGCAGGUGUUGAUGUACUUCUAUAUUGGACUGAUGAUGAUGGACCCACGUUUGGACGUGUUCAGCAUAUUGUAGUGGUGCAAGAAAAGUUGUAUCUGCUCCUUCGGCUGUAUCAGACCUUGUACUUCAACAGACAUGUUGAAGCAUUUGCAGUACAGGUGGGCAGAGAGGAAUCACAAGCUGCUGUUGAAUGGUGUGACCUGUUUGAUCACAGGCCAGUCAAUGCUGUCCAGUCCUAUAGUGGAAGAGGGCGCUGCUUGUAUAUUGUGGUGCACCAUUCAUUCAUCUAGGAACAAGAAGUAUCAUGCUGCAAAUCAACAAAGCAUGGAACAAGCAUCAACGUCGACAAGAAGCCCAUCAGUGUUCUCCUUAGAUGACUGCUCAGAUCUCUCUUGUGUAACAGGAAGUGAGUGGAGUCCCAGACAAAGCCCUUCCCAGCCCAGUUUGGAUACGCCACUUUACGACUCCCCAGAAUCCAAGAGUCCUGAUCAACAUCCUCCCCUGAAACGGGUCAAGAAAGUGCAUUUCAACAUUGCUUGUAUAUUGAGAGAGACCACCAUGGGAAGAGCAGCAUUAAGGAACAUCAAUGCUACAAAUCUCUGCAGCAAAAGGGACCGGCAUACUGUUGUGGAUAUGUUGACUCAGUACCUGAUACGGGAGUAUGGUACCAAGCCAAGCUCAUUUGUGAAGGCAUCAAUGGCCCAUGCCAUUGUGACAAGCUUUCCUUUCUUAAAAGAUCCAGAAUCUCCACUUGGCUAUGAGGCCUGGUACUGCGUGGGGGCCAAGGGACGGCCAGCAACAGGCUACCUGGAGGAGCAUCUGAGGUAUGUCAGAAAAAAGGAGAAGUCCCUGAGGGUACCAGUAGCUGAAGACGAGGCAGAGUCUCAAAAGCAAGGAGAUACCGAUCUUGAGUCUGUGAACGAUGAUAACAUCACGACAAUGGAAGAAUGGCUGCGUAACAACAAGGAGCCAGAGGACAUGGUGAAGGACUACAUGAAACAAACAGCAACAAAAAGACAUGACUGGAUCAAGAGAAGUGACUGUUGUGUGAAGAACAUUCUUACCACAUAUCCCAGACUUCUCGAUGCUGGAAUGAUUGAAGGAGAUUUUGCAGAAUUGUUCCCAGAGAAAGCAAACGCACUGUACCAGAAGUGGCCCACAUUCUGUAACAAAGUAGUGGACUUCACCGAGAAAACUGGCAACUGGAGAAGUGCAAGAGCCGAAUUCGAAAACAUUCAUGACCCUGGGAAACUCAGUCUUGAGGAAAAGAGCAAUCUUGGAUUCUACAUGCUCCCAGUCUUGUUCCGAGGAAGGAAAGAUUCCAAGAGAGGAACGUACACCACUGCAGAAACAUUGUCGUCCUUCAUUGACGUUCAACCAGAGGUUCUCGACAUCCAGACUUAUGUUGAUAACAUUGAUGAAGCAGUCAGGUCACAGCCAUUUGUUGUUGUGCGUGGGAACAUUCUCACACCAAUACAGGCGUACGUCGUAGUAGAGAGGAGGAUACUUCCUGCCGCAACACUGCUUAAAGCAGUCGACUUGUGCUUUAAGGCACUUUAUGUGAUGGAUAUCGAAUAUCAGCCGCAAAGCUGUUCUGUUUGGAAAUUUCUCCAGAUUGUGGUGUUCCAGUUUACCGAUGGGGAGCAUCUUACACCAAAGCUGCGGGAGGUCCGAGCCUUCAUGAACAUGCCAUAAGCCAUCAUGAUGUGUUCACGCCAAGGAUGAUUACUGGUGAUAUAUUUCCUACAGAUGAAACUGACACAUCAUCGUUUAGCACAUUUUGGCUACUUGAACCAGUUUAUUUUGGGAGAAAAAAAACUGGAAAAAAGUAUUAUUUUGGACAAAAUAACCUUAAAGACAAACUGUUAUGAGUUGGAUUCAGCACAUUAUUUUACAUAAUUUAGACAUGUUUGUGUAAGACUGAAGAUUUGAGGGUGGGGUGAGGAUCGCUGAAUAAUAUUAAAAAAAAGAGUGAAUUUAUACACAGCAGAAGUCUUUGUGUACAUUUUAAAAAUGAUAAAGGCCUAAUUGUUUUAUCCCAAUCAUUGCUUAACAUCCCCACCUUGAAAGUUUAAGAAAACAAAUGAAUAUAUGCCAAGUAUAAAUACAAAACAUAUUAUUGGCUAUAAAUCUUUUGCACUGGCGUAUACAAAUGCUUAUCGUGUUUGGUCUUAAUCCCAAGAGUACUGUUUCAUAACUCGUACAUCAAAAUGAUAUAUUUCUUCAUAAAACAUGAGCUAUGAUAUUUUCUGCGUUUAAAAAAGCAAGUGGGGUAUAUGAUUGUAAAUUACAUAUACCAUUAAUUUUCAUGUAAUGUGUAUCGUCCAUUGACCCUACGCUGAACUCUCUGCUGAAUGGACUGCAUGCAUUAAUUUACAUCGCGCAAAGCAGAAGUAGAGAAGUCAACAUUUUUAUCUACAUUUUGCAAAAUUGUAUUGAUAUUAUUGAUAAUAUCAAUAAAAUCAAUCAAACUGAGUAUAGCAGGUAGGGUCAAUUGAUUUUUGUUGUCUUUAAUCUAAUCAAAAAGUUAUAGUAGGCAGUGUGUAUCCUUGUUAUUUGAUCAGUACCUGUUCACCAUCACAGAUAGCCAAACUUUCAUGUGGUACUUCUGCACAUGUCAAAUAAUCUAGAGGGAUUUGAAUUUAUUUCCUCUUUUUUUUUACUUCAAAAAAAUGUGUUCAUGUGUAACACUCUAAGGCAGAGUAUUGGUGUGUCAGGAUAAAUGAACACUAUGCCACACCCACAAAAUAUAUAUGAUGCACAUAUUCAUGUAUGAAAUCAGAGUACAUGGAAUACAUACAGUGUACAUCAAAGUUGUCAUGCUGCACCAAACAGGGGCUAUAUUUGCAUUUACUUUUUUUAAAAGGUUGUAUUUUUUUCACCAAAAAUUGUAAUGUUGUAGUUGAUGUUAACAAGUUUUGUUUUUACGUUUCUGAUGAAAACAACAACAUGUGUUUACUGUGUAUGUUAUUUGUGUUUCAGUUAAGCAAUUAUUACCCUUUAGAUGAGAAAAAGAGUUGAGCCAAUAGAUGUUAUGGAAAAAAUGUUGAGCAAUGAUUAUCCAACAGACGAAUUAAAGAGUUGGGCAAAUGGA